AUGGGUUCAUCUAUUUCUAAAGAUAAAGAACUUUCAAUACCAGAAAACUGUUUGAAAUUUAUUGAGCCAUUUUUAAAAAAUGAGAAUAUAAGAGCAGAUUUAUCACUUUUGAAUGAAUUGCAAAAACCGGUCAUUAACCAAAUUGAAGAUAAUUCAACAAUUGAUCAAUUUGUUUUUGAACGUAUUUCUUCGAAACUAUUCCUGAAUAAUGCAAACAGUGGUAAUUUUCGCUCUUUAUCUCUAUUUUUUGCUGAAAUACUAUUUGAAAAAGAGAGGGAAUUAUACAUUUCAAUUGAAAACAACAAAGUGCAGCUUGAUUAUCAAAUAGCGAGCAUAAACCAUAUAAUUGGUCUGGGUAUAAUAAUUAAAUUUAUUAUUGUGCACUAUUUAAAGAACUUUGGAAUAGACCAACUAAUUAAAUCCGCAGAACAUAAACAGUUUCUUAACUUUGUUAAUGAAUCGAAUAAUGCAACGAGUGAAUAUUUUAAAGAACUUGAAAAAUCUAUUAUUUUUAGCGAAAAAUAUAAUGAAAAACAAGGAGUUAUAAAUAAAAAAUUAGAUCUAAUUCUAUAUGUAUGUAAAUCAUCAAAAUGUAUAGGAGAAAAUGAACAUUUAUUAGAAUCAUUUGAAAAUCUAUCUGUGUUUGGGCAAUUUUUCUCAAGAAUACCUUCAUUCCUGGUAUGUUCUCAAAAAUAUAUUGAAAAUACUAAAUCAUUAAGCGAGAUAUGUAAUUUGCUGAUUAACCUUCAGAAUGCCCUAAUGGAUAUUAUGUUGAUAUUAUUUCUUCCUAAAAUCGAAAAUAACCUAAAUUUAGAUGAAGGUGAUAUUUACACAUUUAUUACAUGUUUUCAAAUUCAUUCAUUAAUCAACUCUGAAAAAAAUAUAUAUUGUGAAGAUGACUCUGAUUACUUUGAAGAUAAUAGGUACCUAUUCCUACAAUAUUUAAUCAAGAAGUCACUAGACUCUGAACAAAAAUGUCAAUUAUUUGAAAUAAAUAGGAAAAAAUCAAUUUUACUACUUGCAACAAUUCUUUUUAAUCCUCCAGAAUUAAAAUUCAAUAUAUAUGCUGAAUGGAUUAAAAAUUUCUCUGAUCCAAGAUUUAUUCCAGAUAGUCUUGCUUCAUCUGACUCCAAUACGGACUCAGAUCUGGAUCUUAAUCAAACUAACUUUGUCAACUUUCCUUACUUCGAACAAGCUUACCGUUCCGUAAUUUUUGAUGGCACUCUUGUAAAGCACCAUCUUUCUGUUUUUUUGCUAUAUUCUUUAGUACAUUCAAAUUCAUAUUUUAUUUCUUAUUGUUUAUCAAGAGCAGAUCCAGAUGCCUUAAUACUUGCAUUGCUAGAGCCCGUAUAUAUUAUCUCAAAAAACAUGGAUGAAACAAAUUUACGUAAAAUUGUCGCACUCCUCUCUAUUAUUCUCAGAUUGACAAAUGAUCCUAAUUUAUGCAAAGCUUUGCAUUACACAAAAAUUGAAAACCUUCCAUUUUGGUUAGAGGAAGAUUCUUUAAAAAAAUUAAUUUACAAAUGUAAUAGUAAUCAAGAAGAGAAUGAAUUUGAGCCAUCAGAAAAGCACUCAAUAACUAUUGGAAAUAUUUUAUUAAUUGUGCUACUUAGAACAAUGUUUUAUAACUACAAAUCCAGUAAAGAUAUUUAUUUAUGUAACAUUAUUUAUUCUAUUAUUGAAAACGUUUCAAUAUAUAUGAAAAACUUUCAUUGGCAUGUUGCAGAAAAACUAACUCAUUAUAUAAUUUUCCUAAAUAGCCAAGUAUACUGCUCACUAAAUACCUAUAAUGGGGAUCAGUCCAACUUUAGAUUCUUUAAUCGAUUCUAUUGUGGAAUUUUAAUGCAUAAAGCAUUACUCAAACUAAUUAUUGAAAGUUUAAAAGACGAGAAUUUAUUAUCAAAUUCUGAACUUAUUUAUAUAAUAAUUAAAUUUUCAUUAAUUGCUGAAAUUCAAAAGUUGAACUUUUUUCUCAAAAAAUGUAUAUAUAAUUAUAGAAUAAUUGAUUCUAAAUUAACUGUUGCAGGUAAAAGGUCAAACCCUUUCCCUUCCGUAACAGAAAUUCUUAAUUCAAUUGUAGAGUUUUAUGAACAUAUCAAAACAAUCACAGUGAGUUUUGAGAAUGAACUAAUAAACAUUGAAAAUAUUUCAACAACUGAAAACAUAUACACAAUCUUCCAAACUAUUCAAAAUAUUAUUUUAUCAAAAAGACAGCCAAAUAAAAUAUUUUAUACUAGUAAACAUGCAAUAUUUACACGAAAUGACUACUCAGAAUUUAGAUUUUAUUUCAAGACGAUUUAUUUUGAAUAUUGGGGUAAUUCCCUCAACUAA